AUGAAAGAUGUGAACAACGUCACACGGCAAUUCACAGCAAUUACCAAAACUCCCUUAUCCUCUUCUCAACCCCCGAAGAUCUCCCCGCAAAAGUCCGCUCUCCUACCCGUCGUCUGGAUCCUUUCAGUACUCUCCGCCCUUCUCUCACUCUUCUGCUUUUGUUUGCUUUUCGCCUAUGUACGAGCGAAGCACAGGCAUUUACGAAAAUUCAAUGGAUCAGGAGAACUCGAUGUGGGAUGUAAUGCCAAGUUUCACCAAAACACUUUUCAGGAUCAUGAUUUGACACAUCAUGUGAUGGAUGUUUCGCAACCAAGUGUUGUCGUGGACGCAGAUUGUCCCUUCUCGACGCACAUAUCAGCCAAUCAUCAAACAAAACUGGCAAACCCGCUGGGUUUAAUGACACUUUCUGAGCAGCAAUCAAAGAUUCGAAGGUGUCCUGUUGUCACCUACAUUUCCUCACUACCACCACGCAAUCCACAACUUAACAAUGAUCUUGAAUUGAACACACUCAAAAUCACGCCAAUAAGGUCAAAAAUCGGCACUUAA